AUGAGCGGUCGCUCAACUGCCGGCAAUCGGCGUGCGAGCGGCGGCGGCGUAGAAAAGGCAUGGGCGUCUGGGCGCAUCCUCACACCUGAGCAGCGUGCGAGGAAGCAGGAGGCAGACCGCAAGGCCAAUCGCUUCCUGAAGAAAGAUGUCCAGGACAGGUUGUCCCAACUCGAAGCACGCGUCUUGGAACUCGAGAAGACAUCACCGUCUGAGAACAGCAUCGCCGCCGGUGAUUUGGGCUCUGGCGUGGGAAACAUCCCGUAUGGAGUUUCUGGCGUCAUUGGCGAGAGCGCCGACAUUCACGGUGUGUCGUCGAAUGGCCCUGGAAAGCUCAUAGACUGGAACGGGACCGCGACUGGUCAGCGUGGUCCAAACAAUGCGCAUGGAACUGUGUAUGAGGCCUCAACGACUGACGACAACACCAUGGCUGUCGACUCGGGCGCGGAAGGUCAAGACGUCACACCACCUGACUAUACGGAUCUGAACACGACGACAAAGUCCAGGCCAGAGGGUAGACACUUGACGUGCUUCCUCAACAACCUGGUGAACUACAUACGCCAUCUAUCACCAACAGUGAUCUGCUUCGACGAUGAGUACAAUCAGGACCUGGUCGCGUCGGCAGUCUUCAAGGGCUGGGACUACACGCUAUCAAGAUAUAGCCAAAAGUGCCCAUUGUGGGAGGUCCUGCGGCUUGUCGACAUGUAUCUGUUCAAAGACUGCAACGUUAUGGAACGGAUAGGAAUGAUGAGGAUGCUCCACAAGAGGUACCUCUUCGAAGUUAAUGCGAAUCUGCCGACGGCUGGCCCACCGCCGCCCUGGUUCAGGCCACAAUUCUCCGAGAAAGUGUUCUUCCACGACCCCGUCAUAGACCACCUCGCCUGGCCUCGACUACGCGAACGCAUGAUCACAUCCGAGCAAGACCGCAUGACGAACCGAUUCUGGUCCUACUACAUCAAAAACAUCUGCUUCACUUGGCAAUCCGAACCCGUCGGCAUAGUGUCAUACAAGCCGGAAACAGCACUGUAUCAGUUUGCAUCGAGCUUCGAGACGGCAAUCGUUGACAUCGCAAACUGGCGUAUGGAAAUGGACUUCUUUCGCGCCAUACCACAACUCGCCGGCGACGUCCCUCCGCAUAAUUACAUGCCACUUCGAACGAUUGCACCGAAGUUCGGUGCCGAUGGCGCGCGAGAAGCGCCACGAAGUCUAUCGCCGAGGUUCGGCAUGCAUCAGCAACAGCAGCCCGCACAAGGCCAGCAACAAGGACAAGCUCCUCAACAAGAGCCAGGUACCGAAGAGGAGUGGUGGCCGGAUACGAAAAACUUGCCUGGCAACAACGCUCAGUUGGAGCUGACUGAGAUAUCGCCGGCCGCUGGUGGUGUAUGGCAAGAUUUUUACACAUGA